AUGUCCUCCACCGCCAUAAUGGGCGACGAUGAUGCCCUCGAGCCUACACUCCAAUGCCUCCUAGACCAAAAGACUCUGCGCUGGAUAUUCGUUGGUGGAAAGGGUGGAGUGGGUAAAACCACUACGUCAUGCUCGCUGGCCAUACAACUCUCCAAAGUGCGAAAGUCGGUACUUUUGAUAUCCACGGACCCAGCGCAUAACUUGAGUGAUGCAUUCGGUCAGAAGUUUGGUAAAGAAGCCAGACUUAUUGAUGGAUAUGAUAAUUUGAGUGCAAUGGAGAUUGAUCCCAAUGGGAGUAUUCAAGAUUUAAUGGCUAGCGGGGGAGGCGCUGAGGGCGGUGAUGACCCCAUGGGCGGGUUUGGGCUGGGUGGAAUGAUGCAAGAUUUGGCAUUUAGUAUACCCGGUGUUGACGAAGCGAUGUCCUUUGCCGAAGUACUAAAACAAGUCAAAUCCCUAUCCUAUGAAGUUAUUGUCUUUGACACUGCCCCUACCGGUCAUACACUUCGAUUCCUACAAUUCCCAACUGUGCUGGAAAAGGCCCUUUCGAAACUUUCACAGUUAUCUGGCCAAUUCGGCCCAAUGCUUAACUCUGUUUUAGGUGCCCGUGGCGGCUUACCUGGCGGUCAAAACCUUGACGACGUAUUAUCAAAAAUGGAAUCUCUAAGGGAAACAAUUGCAGAAGUCAACUCUCAGUUCAAGGAUGCCGACAUGACCACAUUCGUCUGCGUCUGCAUUGCUGAGUUCUUAUCCCUAUACGAGACAGAGCGCAUGAUACAGGAGUUGACGAGUUAUCAUAUUGAUACCCAUUGUAUUGUGGUCAAUCAGCUUUUGUUCCCUGGAAAGGAUAGUGCGUGUCAACAAUGUGGUGCGAGGCGGAAAAUGCAAAGGAAAUAUUUGAAUGAGAUCGAGGAGUUAUAUGAGGACUUCAAUGUUGUCAGGAUGCCAUUGCUCGUUGAGGAAGUCCGAGGGAGAGAAAAGCUGGAAAACUUCAGCGAGAUGUUGAUGCAUCCUUUCCAACCGGCUCAUGAGGACUAA